GUUUCUGUGACAAAGGAAACCUUAAAGCCCACAUGAGAAUUCACACUGGAGAAAAGCCAUAUACCUGUCAACAGUGUGGAAAGAGUUUCAGUCGAAAAGGAAACCUUAAAGACCACAUGAGAACUCAUACCGGAGAAAAGCCAUAUAUCUGCCGACAAUGUGGACAGAGUUUCAGUCAAAAGGGAAACCUUACAGUCCACAUGACAAUUCACUCUGGAGAGAAACCUUUCACCUGCAGUCUGUGCGGGACUGGCUUCACACGGGAACAAAGACUUGGGGAACACAUGAAUAUUCACACUGAAGAGAAGUCAUUUACAUGUGAUCAGUGUGGAAAGUGUUUCCUAUUUAAAGGUAACCUUAAGGUCCACAUGAGGAUUCACUUGAAAGAGAACUGAACUGAACUUUUUGAAGUUUAAAAGCCUAUCAGCUGAGUUCUGAACCAGCUGCAGAUGAGAGAGGGAGGCCUGACUCACACCAGAUACAAAGAGUUACAAUAAUCCAAAUGAGAAAGGCACAAAGGCACGAACAACCUUCACCAAAUCAUUGAAAGAGAGGAUAGACAUCAACUUGGCUAUAGAUCUAGAUUUGAUGAUCAAAUGUAAGCUCAGUCAAAAAUAAAGAUUUUUCACAAAGGAAAGUUUUUCCCCAGGAAGCAAUAACAGGUUGUUAUUAGAAUCCAUAUCACAUCAUCAGACAACAGACUUGUCUUCAUUCAGUUGGAGAAAGUUGUUUGCCAACCAACUCUUCACAUCAGCCAAACAGGUAAACAAAGAUUUGAGAAGAUAGCUCCCCAUGUUUUACAGAGAAGUAAAUUUGGGAAUCAUCAGCAUACAGAUGAUAAUUUAUACUGUGCUUAUCAAAAAUUGUAUCAUGAUUGACCGUAUUAAAAGCAGGACUGAGAUCUAACAAUAUAAGAACAAGACUACCUGAAGCGUAUUUUUGAAUUAUGAUAAUUCUUUGAAGUAAUGUCAAAAAAAAACUUUAACUAAUUUAACUACUUUUUGAAACUUUGUCAAACAAUCUCUCAAAUAAAUUACAAGUCUCAUAUAAAUCUUUAUCUUUGAGCCAUUUACAGUCAGCCCUCCUGCACUCUUGCCUAAGAGUAUUGCUAUUG